UCUUUAUAUUUACAAGCAGAAAAAUUUGGUUUAAAUUAACAAAUAGAUGAAUUAUCGACUUAUCUAGUAAUACAGCUAACCACUGAAGGAUAUAACAUCACUUGUGAAACUGACCAGCGGGUACAAUAGGCAGCAUAAUGAAACUGCUUAUUAGUCUCUGCUUUUUCGCUGUUUUGAAUCUUUCUAAUUCGUUUUACGUUCCUGGAGUUGCUCCGUCUGAAUUUAAAGCAGGAGAUACGGUGGAAAUAAAGGCAGUAAAGAUGACAAGCUCUAAGACACAACUUCCAUAUGAAUAUUACACUUUACCAUUCUGUCAACCUUCUUCCAUAGAGCACAAGACUGAGAAUUUGGGGGAGGUUCUACGAGGCGAUCGAAUUGUCAACACAUUGUUCAAAGCAGUAAUGAAGAAACCUACACCCUGUACUGUGAUGUGCACUUCUGAAAAGUUUGACGGAAAAAUGGCGAAAACUAUCAUUCAACGGAUUAAAGAUGAAUAUUCUGUGCAUUUGUUGUGUGACAAUCUUCCCUCUGCUACCAGAUGGGCUUUGAGCCAAUCAGAAGUGCAACUUGAACACGGAUAUAAACUUGGAAUAUUCGAUUCUGGGAAGGCCUACAUUAACAACCAUCUGUCAAUAUUGUUGUUGUACAACGCAAAUGAGGACGAUUUAGACACAUAUCGAGUCGUUGGGUUCGAGGUUAUGCCCCAGAGCGUUGAUUCAUCCCUGCUUGAGGAAGGAAAGAAUUGUUCCGUUACCCCUAAAGGUGUGAUGAAACGACAAGAAAUAACGGAAAAAACAACUUCAAUCAAGUUUUCUUACGAUGUCGUAUGGGUGAAAAGCAACAUCCGUUGGGCAUCAAGAUGGGACAAUUAUCUUCAGAUGGGAGAUGUCCAGAUUCAUUGGUUCUCAAUCAUCAAUUCUAUCGUUGUUGUGCUGUUUUUGGCAGGUAUUCUUACAAUGAUCAUUGUUCGAACCCUACGUCGCGACAUCGCAAAUUAUAAUCGAGAAGAUGAUGAAUUAGAUGAUGCAAUUGAAGAAACAGGGUGGAAAUUAGUCCAUGGUGAUGUUUUUCGCCCUCCGAAAAAUAUUAUGCUUCUAGUCUCACUCAUUGGUGCAGGAGUCCAAUUAUUUGGGAUGGCAAUCAUCACGAUAUGUGUGGCCAUGCUAGGUAUGCUGAGUCCAUCAAGCAGAGGGGGAUUACUGUCAGCAUCUUUCCUGCUUUAUGUAUUCUUAGGGGUAUUCGGUGGUUACUUCUCUGGCCGUCUUUACAAAAGUUUGAAAGGUCAGCUAUGGAAGCGAGCUGCUAUACAGACAGCUACAAUAUAUCCCGGUGUUGGGUUUGGGAUUGCAUUCUUACUCAACUUUUUUAUCUGGGGAAAACACUCGUCUGGCGCUGUUCCAUUCUCUACGAUGAUUGCGAUUUUGGCGUUAUGGUUUGGAGUAUCACUCCCUCUAGUGUUCAUUGGAUAUUACUUUGGAUAUCGCAAGCAACCAUACGACUACCCAGUACGAACCAAUCAAAUUCCACGACAAGUUCCAGAACAAUUAGUCUACAUGAAUCCGUUUAUCAGUGUACUCAUGGCUGGCAUUCUACCAUUCGGAGCAGUUUUCAUUGAAUUGUUCUUCAUAUUUACGGCGAUAUGGGAGAAUCAAUUCUACUAUCUGUUCGGAUUCCUGUUCUUGGUUUUCGUUAUUUUGAUCAUCGCUUGCAGUCAGAUAUCCAUUGUGAUGGUCUACUUCCAACUGUGCUCCGAGGACUACCAUUGGUGGUGGCGUUCCUUCAUUGUAUCUGGAGGAUCGGCUUUCUAUGUUUUCAUCUACUCAAUCUUCUAUUUCUGUACCCAGCUUGAAAUCACUGCAUUCAUCCCAACACUUCUCUACUUCGGCUACACAUUCAUUAUCGUACUCACAUUCUGGAUUCUCACCGGCACAAUUGGAUUCUAUGCUUCUUUUAUGUUCAUUAGGAAAAUAUACGGCCAAGUCAAAAUCGAUUAAAAGAAGCAAGAUUGCUGGCAAAAGUGACUUAAGUCAAGCCAGUGACUUUUGGCUAUAAAUACUGACUGAUAUAUAUGACUCAAGUAUACUCAUUAGCUUUUUAGUGACUUCUAUAUAGCUGUUAAGUUAUUACAAAUUGACUCCUGUCUACAUGCUGUUGUGGAAAUGGCUUAAAUUUAGCCACUGAUGACACAAAUGGCUUAAGUUCAGUCAAUAACUUGGCCAACCUAACUACGAGCAUAAUAUGAUUGACUUUCUAUCAGUUGACUUGUUAAAAUUGACUUUUAAUGACCUCCAUUUGGUGCAAAAUGGCUUAUAUCUAGCCACAGAAAGCACAAAUGGCUCAAAUGUAGCCACCAUUGUGAAAAUGGUUUGAAUUCAGUCAUUCACCAAUAUAACUAUUAGCUAAUGAUUGACUUUCUUCUAGGUGUUUGCUUGUAUAAAAUUGACUUCAAGUGACUUCUAUCUAAUG